AUGGAAGACCCGAAGCGCAUAACAGUUGACGAGGAGAAGCUGCCAGAUGAUGAAAGAAAGCCCAAGAUCGAAGUCCCGCAGGUAACAUGGUGGAAGGACCCGGGUCUUCGAAAGCUCUACUGCAUGAUGCCCAUCCUGUUCCUCGGGUCGACCAUCAACGGCUACGAUGGCAGUCUCCUGAACGGCUUGCAGACUAUGGACCCAUGGCAAGAAUACUUUGAUCAUCCGACAUCGGCAAGACUGGGUCUAUUCACCGCCAUCCAAAACAUUGGUUCAUUUGUCGCCAUUUUCUUCUCAUCGUACGCAGCAGACAUGUUGGGCCGCCGGAUCGGCGUGGUCAUCGGUUUGAUUGUUCUCCUGGUCGGCACCAUCAUCCAAGGCGAGUACAUCUCCUCGUUCAACGAAGCCAGUGUGAAAGUGCUGACGAGCGUGAACAGUCGUACCGUCCGUGAACUCUGGAAUGUUCAUUGCUCGAACCUCUCCCAAGGCUCUGCACCUCUGCUUGUCAUGGAGCUCGCUUACCCCACCCACCGCGGAAAGCUCACGACAAUGUACAAUACGCUCUGGUAUGUCGGUUCGAUUGUGGCAGCAUGGACUGUGUACGGCACCGUGAAUUACACAUCCGAUGCUGCGUGGAGGAUUCCCGUCGGAGUGCAAGCUGCCAUGCCCGCCAUCCAACUUGUCGGUAUUUGGUUUUUGCCUGAAAGUCCGCGUUGGCUUUGCGCCAAAGAUAGAGCCAGCGAGGCCUUUGAAGUGCUCGCAAAGUACCACGCCAACGGCGACACGCACUCCGCCUUCAUCGAGCAAGAGCUCUUCGAAAUCCAAGAGACGAUCCGGCUCGAGCAACAGAACUCGCACGGCAGCUGGGCCGACCUCGUCCGCACGCCGGGCAACCGCAAGCGGCUCCUCCUCAUCAUCCUGACGGCCUUCUUCUCGCAGUGCUCCGGCAACGGCCUCGUGUCGUACUACAUCCACGACAUCCUCACCAGCGUCGGCGUGCACGACGCCAGCGACCAGUCCAUCAUCAACGGCGGUCUGCAGAUCUGGUCUUUCCUCGUCGCUGUGCUCUUCUCCGUGCUGCUGGUCGACCGCUUGGGCCGCCGCACGCUGUUCCUGACCGCUGGUGUCGGCAUGUUGAUCGCCUUUUCCAUCUGGACUGCCUGCUCCGCCGUCUACGCCGACACCGGCAACAAAGCCGCCGGCGGCGCCGUCAUCGCCAUGAUCUUCGCCUUCUACGGCGUCGCCGGCUUCGCCUGGCCCGGUCUAACCGUCUCCUACUGCGCCGAGAUCCUGCCCUUCCACAUCCGCGCCAAAGGGCUGGCCGUGACCAUGGCCGGCACGGCCGCCUCGUCCGUCUUCAACCAGUACGUCAACCCCAUCGGCCUGGCCGCCCUGCACUGGAAGUUCUACUUCGUCUACAUCGCCAUCCUCGUGCUCGAGUGCGGCGCCAUUUACUUCUUGUACGUCGAGACGCGCGGCCCGACGCUCGAGGAGAUUGCGAGGUUGUUUGAUGGGGAGGAUGCGGAUGUCGCGGGGAAGGAGGAGGUGGUUGAUGUGGCGAGGGGGAAGAUUGCGAAGGGGAAUAGCGCGGUGGGGGCGGAGCAUGUGGAGGAGGCGUGA